CUCAUUAGAGAAGGAUUUUCUUAUGAGCCACUGAUUAUAGCUCAUUGUUAUUUUUGGUGAAGGGAAGAAGGGAAUGAAACAUUUGCAAUGGCUGUCUACCUGCUCCUGAUUUUUUUUUCCCUCAUCACUACAUCAAUUCAACUGCCAGGCAGUGGAAUAUUUUUAAUACACAGUGAAGACCAUAAACUCUGUGUAAAAGCUCAAAGCUCUAACUCAGUCAUAAUUGCCACUUGCAAUCAGGAUGAUGAGUCUCAAAAAUUCAGGUGGGUCUCUGACCACCAGAUUCUGAGUAUGGCAUUGAAGUUGUGCUUGGGAGUGCCUUCAAUGAAAGACCAGGCUGCGAUCAUACAGUAUCCUUGUAACAAGACAAGUGAACUCCAGCAAUGGGAAUGCAGAAAUAAGACCCUUCUCGCAAUCCAAGGAGAAGAUUUAUUUUUCAACUCUGCCCACGGAGAGGAAAGGAAAGUCAUGCUGUCCAAAGGAUUGGGCUCAUGGAAUAGGUGGAAGAUCUAUGGAACUACAGAAAAUUUGUGUUCUCAAGGCUAUGAAGAUAUGUUCACACUGCUAGGAAAUGCCUUUGGGGCACCCUGCGUAUUCCCUUUCAAGUUCAAUAGUACGUGGUACGCUGAAUGUACAAAGGAUAGAAAGGCUGGUAAUAAACAGGGCUUCCCCUGGUGUGCAACAUCUACAGACUUCGAUGAAGACUCAUUGUUUGGAUAUUGUCCAUUGAAAGACAACAUUGACAAAGACUUUUGGAUUACAAACCCUUUCACAGGCACCCACUAUCAGAUAAAUUCCAACUCAGCCUUAACAUGGCACCAAGCAAGAAAAAGCUGUCAGCAACAGAAUGCAGAAUUAUUAAGUAUUACAGAACUACAUGAGCAAACUUAUCUGACAGGGCUAUUUGGCAGAGUAAAUUCUGAACUCUGGAUUGGACUUAACAGGUUGAAUUCCAAUGGUGGAUGGCAAUGGAUUGGUGGCAGUCCAUUCAGAUAUUUAAACUGGGCUCCAGGAAGUCCCUCUCUCGAGUCUGAAAAAAUCUGUGGACUGCUACAGUCUGGGAAUGGUAAAUGGAAAAACCAGCAGUGUGAUCAGAAACUUGGAUACAUCUGUAAAAAAGGAAAUUCCUCUUUGGAUUCCUUUAUUAUUCCCUCAGGUGACUUUAGGUCUAUUAAAUGCCCCAGUGGAUGGAUCCCCUAUUCAGGCCACUGUUAUAUGCUUUACAGAGCACCUAAAAUAUGGAAAGAUGCUUUAUCUUCCUGUAGAAAAGAGGGUGGAGAUCUGGCAAGUAUCCACAACAUUGAAGAAUACAGCUUUACAGUGUCUCAGCUUGGGUACAAGCCUACGGAUGAAUUGUGGAUUGGUUUGAAUGAUCUCAAGAUUCAGAUGUAUUUUGACUGGAGUGAUGGGACUCCUGUGACUUACACCAAGUGGCUACAUGAAGAACCAUCCCAUGCAAACAACAGGAAAGAAGAUUGUGUCAGUAUGAAGGGAGAGGAUGGCUAUUGGGCAGAUGACGUUUGUGAAAAGAAACUUGGUUACAUCUGUAAAAUGAAACCUUUGGCAGAAGAAUCUGAGAAAGUUGAAGUCAUUGUCCCAGGCUGCCAGAAAGGCUGGAUAAGACAUGGUUUUUACUGUUACUCAGUCGGACAGGCAUCUGUGACAUUUUCAGAAGCAAAGAAAAUCUGUGAAGGAAACAAAGGUUACCUAGUCACUGUGAAAGACAGAUAUGAACAAGCCUUUCUGACUGUCCUGAUUGGGUUCAGUCCCAUGAAAUAUUUCUGGAUCGCUCUUUCAAAUGUUGAGGAACAAGGGACUUUCAAGUGGGCUGAUGGUGAAGCAGUUCUGUUUACUCACUGGAAUUCAGGAAUGCCUGGAAGGGAGCCAGGCUGUGUUGCCAUGAGAACUGGAACUACAGCUGGAUUAUGGGAUGUUGUGAACUGUGAAGAGAAAGUAAUGUUUCUCUGCAAACAGUUGGUUGAGGGAGCGACCCCUCCUCCUGUUCCAACAACAACUCCUGCCCCCUCAUGCCCAGAUGGAUGGCGUUCAAGUGCCCACAGUAGCUCAUGUUUUAAACAUUUUCAGAAUGGGCGAAAACAUAUGAAAACAUGGUUUGAUGCACGAGAUUUUUGUAGAGCUAUAGGAGGAGAUCUGGCCAGUAUCCAUAGUGAAGAAGAUCAAAAUGUAAUAAAUGGCUUGGAAAGAGCUCAUUACUAUCAAUCAUACUGGAUGGGUAUGAGUGCCUUUGAUCCUGACGGAGGGUUUACUUGGAGUGAUGGCUCUCCAGUAAACUAUGAAAACUGGGCAGAUGGCGAACCCAAUAAUUAUGACGAAAAUGAAAAAUGUGCAAUGUUCAAUGGAUACACUGACAUGCAGUGGAACGAUAUGUUCUGUGAAAAAUUCUAUGACUGGAGUUGUCAAAUAAAAAAAGGAGCAACAUUAAAAUCUGAACCAAGUACCGCAUUUGAAUAUACAUAUAAAGUCAGUGAAGAUGGAUGGAUUAUAUAUGAGGACAAGGCGUACUACUUCAGCCAUGAAACUUUGCCUAUGGAAAAAGCCCGAGAGUAUUGCAAGAAGAAUUCUGGAGAUCUUGUUGUCAUUGAGGGUGAAGGUGAAAGAAAGUUUCUGUGGAAAUAUAGCUUCUAUAAUGACUUUGGGGAAUCCCUUUAUAUUGGUUUAAGUGUGAGCCUUGAUAAAAAGUUUAGCUGGAUCGAUGGAACCCCAAUAAACUAUGUAGCCUGGUCUCCAAAUGAACCUAACUUUGCAAAUAAUGAUGAAAACUGUGUGGUCAUGUAUACACAUACAGGUACGUGGAAUGAUCUGAACUGUGGUGCUCCAAACAGCUUCAUCUGUGAAAGGCUCAAUAAUAUUACUCAUUCAACAGUUGCUCCCACAUCACCUGCACCUCUAGGGGGAUGCCCUCAAAAUUGGUUUUUGUUUAAUAACAAGUGUUUCAAAAUAUUCGGCUCCAGUGAAAAUGAGAGCUUGACGUGGCAUGCUGCACGAACGGCUUGUAUAAAUUUGGAAGGAAACCUGGCUUCCAUACCAAGUGAAGAAGUGCAAGCCUUCCUCAUCACCCACUUGAAGGAUGCCUCAACUGAUACCUGGAUUGGACUGAAUGAUGUAAAUUCUGAGUACACAUUCCUAUGGACAGAUGGAAGCGGUGUCUACUAUACAAGCUGGGCCAAAGGUUUCCCAAAUUAUCGCAGUGAGGUUGAUUGUGUUGUUAUGAUAAAGGACCCCAUUGAGGAAGCAGGGAAAUGGAAAGAUGAAGACUGCCAAAUGAACAAAAGCUACAUAUGCCAGAGGAACGCUGACCCUAAAUUAUAUAAUUUCCAAACAGUUCCAGUCUCUGGCUUUACCCUUUAUGGUAACAGUAGCUAUUCACUCAUCAGUUCCAGAAUGAACUGGGAAGAAGCACAAAAGAACUGCAAGGCUGAAUACUCAGAACUUGCCAGUAUUUUAGAUCCCUACAGCCAGUCAUUCCUGUGGCUACAAGUGUUAAAAAUCGGGCAACCUGUAUGGAUAGGUCUUAACAGCAAUAUGACUAGUGGUUUUUACAAGUGGACUGAUAACUGGAGAAUCAAGUACUCUAAGUGGGCCAGUGAGGAGCCAAAACAGAACUUGGCCUGUGUUUAUUUAGAUGUUGAUGGGACCUGGAAGACAGGGUCUUGUGACGAAAAUUACUGCUCUGUCUGUAAAAGGUCUGAUGUUUUAGCCCCUACUGAACCUCCACAACUCCCUGGAAAAUGUCCUACAUCUGACAUACGCAGAUCUUGGAUUCCCUUCCAUGGUCACUGUUACUACAUUGAGUCUUCAGAUACGGAAAGCUGGCCCCAGUCUUCCAUGGAAUGUGUUCGUUUAGGAGCCUCUUUGGUUUCCAUAGAAAAUAUGGCAGAAAUCAAUUUUCUCUUGCACCACUUGGAUGCAUUUGCAAGUGACUCAAGACAGUUUUGGAUUGGAAUGUACAAGAAUGUGGAUGGAGAAUGGACAUGGGCAGACAACAGUGCAGUAGAGUUUGUAAACUGGAAAGAAAGAGAGCCUACAGAUGGUUAUCAUGAACAUUGUGUUGACAUGGAUGCCUCAGAUGGGGGCUGGAGAAGCUAUUACUGCUCUGCUGACAAAAGAUUUAUUUGUAAAAUGCCAAAGAUUACUGAAGUUGAACCAUCUGAGAAGCUAUCAGACAAUAAAGUAUUGAAGAAAGACGAAACUGUUCCUGCACACCACUUAAGUGGGAUGGCUGUUAUUCUGGUCCUUCUCAUUCUAGUAGGAGCUGGCCUUGCAGCCUAUAUUUUCUUCAAGAAAAAAAGACACAACCAGUUACCAACAGAUGUCUCCUUUGACAACACUCUGUAUUGCAAUAGAGAUGCUGUUCCUGCAGCUAGUGACUCAAAGUAUCUUGUGGCCAACAUUGAGCAGAAUGAACAAGCUAUAUUUGCAAUGACUCUCUCACUACUCCUGGUUUUUCUCUCUCUUAUCCAGGAAACUAUUCAGCAGCUGGAUAGUGGAAUAUUUUUAAUAUAUAAUGAAGACCACAAGCGCUGUGUACAAGCUCACAGUUCUAGCUCAAUCAGAACUGCCAUUUGCAACCAGGACAAUGAGUCACAAAAAUUCAGGUGGGUCUCUGAUCACCAGCUUUUGAGUGUGGCAUUGAAGCUAUGUUUGGGAGUGCCGUCAAAGAAAGACCAGGCUGCAAUCACUCUGAAUCCUUGCAACAAGACAAGUGAACUUCAACAAUGGGGAUGCAGAAAUGAAGCCCUGUUUUCACUUGAAGGAGAAGAUUUAUUUUUUCAUUCUGGCAACCGAGACGAAGAAAAUAUCAUACUAUCCAAGGGAGCAAGUGUAAAGAGCAAAUGGAAGAUCUAUGGAACCACAGAUGAUUUGUGCUCCUGGGGCUAUGAAGAUAUCUUUACAUUGCUAGGAAAUGCAAAUGGGGCACCCUGCGUAUUCCCUUUCAAGUUUAAUAGCAAAUGGUACAGUAAGUGUACAGAUGCUGGCCGGACAGACAGUUGGCUCUGGUAUGGUACAACUGCAGACUUUGAUGCAGACCAGUUAUAUGGAUUUUGCCCAUUAAAAUAUAAAGACACCAUUAGAUUUUGGAAGACAGAUCCUUCAACAGGUUUCCACUACCAGAUAAACUCCCAAUCAGCUCUAACAUGGCACCAAGCAAGAAAAAGCUGCCAGCAACAGAAUGCAGAAUUAUUAAGCAUCACACAGCUGCAUGAGCAAAUGUAUCUAAGAGGGUUAACUGAAAGUAUGGGUUCUGCUCUCUGGACUGGGCUUAACAGGCUGGAUUUAAAGAGUGGAUGGCAAUGGAUUGGUGGUAGUCCUUUCAGAUACUUGAACUGGGCACCAGGAAGUCCUUCUCCAGAGUCUGGAAAAAUCUGUGCAGCUUUAAAUCCUGGAAGAAAUGCUAAAUGGGAAGACUGGGAAUGUGAUCGGAAACUUGGCUACAUUUGUAAAAGGGGAACCACCAGAUUAGAUUCUUUCACUGUCCCCUCAGAUGAUGUGGGUCCUAUUAAAUGCCCAGAUGGAUGGAUGUCAUAUGCAGGUCACUGUUACAUGAUUCACAGGGAGCCCAAAAUAUGGAAAGAAGCCUUGACUUCUUGUAGAAAGGAGGAUGGUGAUCUGGCCAGUAUCCGCAACGUUGAAGAGCACAACUUUAUAGUGUCUCAGAUUGGGUUCAAGCCAACAGAUGAGCUGUGGAUUGGACUGAAUGACUUUAAGGUUCAAAUGUUUUUUGAAUGGAGUGAUGGGACUCCUGUGACAUACACCAAAUGGCAACGUGGAGAACCAACCAGAACAAACAACAGGCAAGAAGACUGUGUUGCUGUGAAGGGCCAGGAUGGCUACUGGGCAGAUCAUCUUUGUGAAAAGAAAGUUGGUUACAUCUGUAAAAGGAAACCAUUGUCACAACUAUCUCAGAAAAUGGAAAGCACAGAUGCAGGCUGCCAGAAAGGCUGGAAAAGAUAUGGCACAUACUGUUAUUCUAUUGGACAGAUACCCGGGACAUUUUUAGAAGCAAAUAAAAUCUGUGAAAGGAAUAAGAGUUACCUAGCUUCUAUUGAAAAUAGGUAUGAACAAGCCUACCUGAUUAGUUUGGUUGGGCUGAGGCCCGAAAAAUAUUUCUGGAUAGGUCUUUCAGAUGUAGAGGAAGAAGGGACUUUCAAGUGGACCAAUGGUGAAGCAGUUUUGUUUACUCACUGGGAUUCAGCAAUGCCCGGAAGAAAUCCAGGCUGUGUUGCUAUGAGAACCGGAACUGCAGCUGGAUUAUGGGAUGUUCUUAAUUGUGAGAGGGUGGAAACCUUUCUCUGUAAACAAUGGGCUGAGGGAGCGACACCACCUACUAUUUCUCCAACAACUCCUUCUCCCACGUGCCCCCAAGGAUGGGAAUUAAGCACUUAUAGCAGUUCAUGCUUCAAAUGUUUUUGUAAGAAUACACAACAACAAAAGAAAACAUGGUUUGAAGCUCGAGAUUUUUGCAGAGAAAUAGGAGGAGAUCUGGCUACCAUCCAGAGUAAGGAGGAAAAUCGUAUAAUAAAAACUGCAAUAAAAAAAGGUGGAUCCUUAUUUAGUACUUAUUGGACUGGUAUAUUUUCCUUGAAUCCUGACGAAGGAUUUGCGUGGAGUGAUGGCUCUCCGGUAAGGUACACAGACUGGGGAGAAAGAUCAAGAAAUCGGGAAGGAGACAAAGAUUGUGGAGUGAUCAGAGGAUACAGUUUUGCCUUACAUUGGGAGCAUGCAUCUUGCGAAAUGCUGCAUGACUGGAUUUGUCAGAUAAAAAAAGGAGUAUCAUUAAAAUCAGAACCAAUUAGCAAGUAUGAAUAUCAGACCACUAAAGAUGGAUGGAUUAUAUAUGAAGACAAACAGUAUUUUUUCAGCAAAAAUGAGGUGCCAAUGGAAAAAGCCCGAGAGUUCUGCCAAAAGAAUUUCGCAGAUCUUGCUGUAAUUGAGAGUGAAAGUGAAAGAAAGUUUCUAUGGAAAACUGUAAGAAAAAAUAUUUAUUUCAGAAAUAAAUAAUGUGACACCAGAUCAUAUUUCAUUGGUUUAACAGUGAGUCUUGAUAAAAAGUUUAACUGGAUGGAUGGAACCCCAGUGAAUUAUGUAGCCUGGGCUCCCAAUGAACCCAAUUUUGCAAAUAACGAUGAAAAUUGUGUGAUCAUGAUAUCAGCUUUUGGUUUGUGGAAUGAUAUAAAUUGUGGCUAUCCAAGUGGUUUUAUCUGUGAAAGGCACAACAGUACCAUUAACUCAACAUUUGCUCCUGCACCUCUAGGAGGCUGUCCAGAAACUUGGCUUUUGUUUAACAAUAAGUGUUUCAAAAUAUUUGGCUCAAGUGAAAAUGAGACAUUGACGUGGCAUGCUGCACGAAUGGCUUGUAUAAAUUUAGGAGGAAACCUGGCUUCCAUACCAAAUAAAGAAGUCCAAGCCUUCCUCUUCUACCAUUUAAGAGAAGUCAUGACUGAUCCAUGGAUUGGAUUGAAUGAUAUAAAUAGUGACCUAUCAUUUCUUUGGACGGAUGGAAGUGGUGUCUCCUAUAAAAACUGGGCCAACGGUGCACCUACAUACAGACGCACAUACUCUUAUUAUUAUGGUGAUGGUGGUGAUGAUGAGGACUAUCAGGAGAAAGACUGUGUCAUUAUGACAAAGGAAGAAGGGAAAUGGAAAGAUGAAGACUGUGAAAAUGACAAAAGCUAUAUAUGCCAAAUGAAUUUAAACCCUAAAUUACUUCAUUCCCCAACAACAAUUCCAGCCUCUGGCUUUAUCCAUUAUGGUGACAGUAGCUAUUCAGUCAUCCAUUCAAAAAUGAAAUGGGAAGAGGCAAGAAAAAAUUGCAAGGACAGCUCUUCAGAUCUUGCUAGUAUUUUAGAUAUCCACAGCCAUUCAUUCCUAUGGUUACAGAUGUUAAAGUAUGGAGAGUGUGUAUGGAUUGGUCUUAACAGCAAUGUGACAGAUGGCCAUUAUAAAUGGGUUGAUAACUGGAUACUCCAAUAUACUAAAUGGGCAACAAGAGAACCAAAAGAGAAAAUAGCCUGUGUCUAUCUAGACCUUGAUGGAACCUGGAAGACAGCAUCUUGUAAUGAAAGCUACUUCUCUGUCUGUAAACGGUCAGAUGUUGUGGCCCCUCCUGAUCCUCCACAGCUGCCUGGAAAUUGCCCUGAAUCAAAAGAACUCAGAUCUUGGAUUCCUUUCGAUGGUCACUGCUACUACAUUGAAUCUUCGGCCAUGAAAAGUUGGGCCCAAGCUUCCCUGGAAUGUAUUCGAUUAGAUGCUACUUUGGUUUCAGUAGAAGAUUUGGCUGAAUCCAACUUUCUGACACACAGGAUACAGGCUCUUGAAAGCAAAACACAAGGUUUUUGGACAGGAAUGUACAGAAAUGUGGAUGACCAGUGGUUGUGGUUAGACAACACCAUAGUGGAUUUUGUCAACUGGAAUGUAAAAAUGCCCACUGAGAGCGAGCAUUGUGUUGAAAUAUCUGCACCAUCUGGGUAUUGGAAUAAUAUUCUGUGCUCUUCUGAAAAAGGAUUUGUUUGUAAAAAACCAAAGAUUCUUGAAGUUCAGCCAAGUGAGAAGCCCCCAGAUAAGAAAGAAGAGUCUGUUGCAACUGCUCACCUCACAACUUGGAUACUAGUUAUUCUGGCUACUCUUAUUCUCACUGGAGCUGGCCUUGCAGGCUGUUUCUUCUACAAGAAAAAGAGACAAAACCAACUACAAGGAGAUGGUCAACGCGCAGAGACACUCUUAAAAUGCAGUGAUGCUGUUUCAAGAACUAGUGAUACAAAGCAUUCUGUGCCAAGUAUUGAGUAGAAUGAACAGGUUAUCCUGUAGUGUAAUAAAAUUUUUGCCUGAUUUUGGUAAAAUUUGCCAACUAGAAUACAAGAAAUCUUAAAUCAAAGCUUAUUUCUCUUGUUUAAGUAGUAGCCUGUUUGUUUAGCACUGUCUGUAUUUUUAUACAUCUACUUAGGAGAAGCAUUUACUCCUCUUAUCGUCUUGUAGCAUUCAAGAUCUUCUCAUAUAAAAGUAGGUUUUAGUGAAAGGAAUGGGAAGGGCUAUUCAAAUGGGACAAUGGAUAUACUUAAAACAACUAAAAUGGAGCAAACCAGUGUGAACAAAUAUUCAAGAAACUAUGGUUUCUAGUCAGAACUGGAUUGCCAUGAAAUAUAAUGAAUGGUCAGUUUAUGCAACUAUUGUGUUUGUGGAAACUGCAAAGAACUCAACAAAACAUUUGUCUAGUUCUGUUGAAAUCCUGAAAAUAAUCCCAGAAGCUUCACUCCAGCAGUCAAGCUCUGUUUUUAUUGAUGAGACUGUACUUUGCUUGAGUCUUAAAAAGAAACGGUGUUGUAUAUUAUCACUUUUUAGAUAACUUCUGAAGACAUAAGUAGUCUCCUGUUUUCACUUUCUGUUAUGUAUAAAUAGUGAAACCUGUCAGAACUCUCUCAAAAGGUUUUGUAGUUCGUGCUUGUAAGUCUUCUAGCAUAUCAAAUGAUGUGAAUUAAAAUGUUCUCACUCAGUUA